CAGGAACACAACAGUUACAUAUGCGGUCAAACUAGUUUCUCGGAGUGUCGGAGCAUCGCGGAGUGACCAGCGAGUGAGCAGCUCGUCUAUAGAGGGUCACCUCCGUCUCUACUUGCAGUAUUUCAGCGCGAACACCCUUCAGCUACAGUCUGUAUGAGUCCGUAUGAGCGGGAAUGAAGAAGUUUUACUUUGUGGAACCGGUGGUUGCCGUGUACUCCUUUGCCUGUUUCCUGUUGUACCCCCUGGUGCAGCAGUAUGUGUACCGCCGACUGUGGCAGGAGAUUACCAACACGUCCUAUCCCGCACUGGACACGUCUUCAAGAUGUGACACCAACAGCAGCAAUCAUACCAGCCACCAUUACGAGGUGCAGCAAGCAGCCUCGCUGUUCUCCAUGUAUUCUGAGCUCUUCUCUUUGAUCCCGAGUCUAAUCGCGACCCUCGUCCUCGUGGCCUACAGUGACCAACGGGGCCGAAAGAUAACCAUCAUCCUCCCGCUCGUCGGCUCCCUGGUCUACUGCCUGGCAUUCCUCGCAGUGUCAUUCUUUGAGCUCAACCUCUACCUGCUCAUUAUUGCCUCCUUUGUCAGCUCCCUGUUUGGUGGCAUAGGCACCAUGUUGGGCGGCUGCUUCUCCUACGUAGCUGACCUGUGUGAGGAUGGCAAGCAGAAGACCCUGCGCAUGGCUGGGGUGGACAUGGUGAUUGGGCUGUUCUCUGGAGUAGCUUUAAUCUCGUCUGGCUACUUCCUGAGGGAAACUGGCUUUAACUGGCCCCUCGUCACUGCAGGCACUGUCCAUCUGGUCAACUUGCUGUAUUCAGUUUUCUUCCUGGAGGAAAGCAGGGUGAUCGAAAGCUCAGUGGCCGAGGACAAUAGAACCUGCGGUGAAGCAAUACGGAGGCUGACGUUUGGCAUUUAUAACCUCUUUGCUCUGGGCAGCAGAAGGAGGAAUGUUCUGCUGGUCUUCCUCAUAACCAUCAUCUCCACCUUCAGCUUCGCCAAUUUUGGAGGCCUAACCGUGGUCACGCUGUAUGUGCUUAACGAGCCGCUCUGCUGGAGCGAGAUCCUCAUCGGCUACGCCUCGGCUCUCUCCACCACAGUGUUUGUCACCAGUUUCGUUGGCGUGUAUUUCCUUUCCCGCUGCCUGCCAGAGCUGGUCAUCGUUUUCAUUGGAAUGCUGUCUGUUUUCACAGGAAUGGUGAUGAUGGCCUUUGCCAAAACUACACUAAUGAUGUUCCUUGUGAGGAUACCGAUGGUUUUGGCCAUCAUGCCAUUCCCUGUUUUGCGCUCUAUGAUGUCAAAGGUGGUUUCAAAGUCUGAGCAGGGAGCUCUCUUCGCUUGGGUAGCGUUCGUUGAUAGCCUAAGCACUAAUUUAGGGAGUGCAGCUUUUAACAGUGUCUACAGCAGCACAGUGGCCUGGUUUCCUGGCUUUGCCUUCCUCCUGGCUGCUGGAAUCUGCCUCAUUCCAAUGGCUCUGCUGGGCAUUCUUCGAUGCCUCCGGCUACGAGAGGAAGAUAACACAGAGAAUCUUUUAGUGGAAGACACUCAAACAACAGAAAAUGCACCUGUAGCCUGAGGAGCAAAGGGAAGAUCCAUAGCACUAUUAUUAUUAUUAUUAUUAUUAUUAUCAUGCUCUGUCUGCAGCUGCCAGGGAUCUUCAUGUGGACUGCACAUUAUCUGAAGAAGUGGUAUAUUUCAAUUCCCGCCUGGUUAAACAGUAUGUUUGCAUUUCCGGGUUCGCAAAAACUGCAAAAACUGCAAGAACGCAGUGAAAAAAAACUGCUGAGUAAGCGUAGAAAUAAAUAUGCUUACUAAGGGUAUGGCUGAAAUGACUUAGAAAGGGAAUUUAGGGGAAGCUUACACUGUUGUGUACAUUUGUGAGGAAAUGUAUUUUUAGAUCUUUUGCUUGCAGAAGGUUCAUAUCCAUAAACACGCUUUUCAAAUAUCACAAUUUCUCUAAGGGAGAAAACUUUUUAAGGGUUAAAUGGAAUUUUAAAAAUUCAAUUCAAUUCAAUUCAACUUCAAUUCUGAGGAUAAAUUGAAAAAUGUCUUAUUUAUUGAUAAUAACAAAAUUUAAUUUUCAUUCUCUUUAAUAAUUGAAAGAAAAUCAUAUAAAAAAAAACUGCAGUGAUUUUUUUUUCAAUCUAGCUGCCACAUUGGUGGCAUGAAGAAUGCUGGAAUUCCUGUAUAUAUCUUUAAGUCAGGGUCAACUGAGCCAUUAAGCUUUAAUAUAAUAAAAAGGGAAAAUAAAUAUUUCAAAAAUAUAUCUUUUAUAAUUACUUAAUUAUAAAUAAAUAAAUGAAUUACAAAGUAUAAAUGUCACUUAGUGACAAAGUCAUGCUAGCUGUCUUCUACAGGUCAGACAUGUUUACUCUAUGGAAUUCGUACAUUUUAAAAAUGAAUAACAACCAAUAAGCAUCUGGUACUUUUCCUUAUCAGUAUAUUCCCCCUUUCACUGGUCAAUGACUGUCUAAAACAGGUCAAUCACUUCCGUUAAAAGAGCUAAACUCAAAUGUUACUUUGAAAUUUCAGGCCGUUUGAUGCUUUUAUAAACUAGUCCUAGGUUCUUCAUGUUGUUAAAAGCAAAGGUGCUACAGAUGGUUCUUUGAGCAUUGCCAUAGAAAUGUUAAAUCCCCGUUUGAUUCCAUAAAGAUCCAUGUUUAUCUAAGAGAUGUGUGAGUGUGAAAAACAUUUCAUUUAAAGAUUUAAAUAUACUAGUGCAUUAAAUCAAGCAUCCAGCCAUGGGUCAUUCUUAAGGCUCAUUUUUGUAUUGAAUGUACACCCCAUCUUAUGUAGCUGUAUGUAGCUUAGGUCCCUCAUGGCCAGAGGUGGAAAGUAACUAAUUACAUUUACUCACAUUAUUGUAAUUGAGUAGAUUUUUUGAGUAAUUUGUAAUUUUUAAAGUAGUUUUUAAAUUAGGUAAUUUUACUUUUACUCAAGUUCAUUUUGACACAAGUAAUUUAUAUUGCUACAUUGGAAAACUGCCAAUUACUUAAUAAAAAAUAAAAUGCUGGGGAAAAAAACAAAUUGUUAGAAUGAAAAAAGAAAUUGAGUUUUGUUCUCCAUGGCAGCGCAGCUAAACCUUCCAUGCAGUGUUUAUUACGGUUAGCGGGAGAGACGCUGUGUGAAUCAGCUGUGCUUUGGGGAACCGGUGUUCUGUUGAGUUAUGCUACCCAUCGAUAUGUGCUUCUUUACGGCACUGUGCAUGCACGACCAACAUUUCUUUGGAUGAUUUCAUGUUUUUCAUGAUAAUUCCUUAAGUUUUUAUUGGGAACAAUAAACAAUUUGCUUGAAUGUUAAAAAAACAUGUAAGUAGCAGUUAAAGCAUAGCAAUGGCAAGUUAAAAUAUAAUAAUUAACUGUAAAACUAUAAAAAUACAGUUUUUAGUCACCUGGAUCAUAGAAACCUAUACCACUUGUUCUUAAAAAAUGUUUCAUAGGGUGGUCUGAAAAAAUACUGCCUGUAAGGUCCAAAUUAUCUAAUUUAAAAAUGAUUUAAUUUAUUUUAUAAAUAAAUAAAAGUAACUAUGUAACUUUUACUCAAAGUAAAUUUUAAAUUAAAUACUUUUUAUAUUUACCAGAGUAGAUUUUUAGAUGGGUACUUUUACUUUUACUUGAGUAGAAUUUUAGCAAAGUAAAGGUAAAUUUACUUAAUUACAAUUUUUCUGUACUUUUUCCACCUCUGCUCAUGGCCUACCUGGUCAUAACAAGAAAGCAUAAUGGCCACCAAGAAAAAAAAAAGCCUUUUAUGUUAAUUUAUUCAUUUUUAUUUGUGAAGAUCUGACUCUAAAUCCCUAAACUGAAACCUGAGCAAUAGCUCAGCUAAAAAAUAGUUAAUUGUCUAAAUCAGAUAAAGCAGCUGGUCAGUUUAAUGGCAUUUAUUUUUCUAAUUGGUGUUGCCCGUGUCAGAGUUUCUAUUAUGUUAAUAUAAUGUUUAGCAAGUUUGAAUGUGAUUUGAGCUUUCGAGUUUUACUUAUAACAAUUUUUUUGCACUUAUCUUUUUGGCUCUUAUUGCUUUCAUACUGAAGGUGAAAAAAAUGCUGCUGUGCUUUUAAACACAUAAUUUUAAGGAUUUCAGCACAGCAGACAUGCAGGGUCAUUAUUAUUUAAACAUUUGCUCGCCACACUUAAGUUGAGACUUCAAUAAGCCAGUUUUGCUCCUAGACAGCAAGUGCAUGUACUGCUAGUCCACUAUAGACCCCUCCCCUAGAGAUGAUCUGCAGUCCACUAAAUCAGGGGAGUCCAAACUUUUUUUGUUGGGGGCCAGAAGGAGAAAUAUAUUUGAAGUCACGGGCCACAGACUCUGUAAUAAAACAAAUAAUGAAAUAUACCACUUUAAAUAAUACAUUUUCCUGAUUACUUUCAUUUACACAGCAUUUUACUUGACUUACUAUCUUUACCUUUGACAGUGUUGUGUAAACUAAGAUUUUUUAAAUUGAUGUUUCAUUUCAUGAUGUCUUUUAAUAUUAAACUCCUUAAUUAUUUCUCUGCAGUAAAAUAAUUUAUUUACAUCCUAAAAACGUUGAGUGGUUGGAGAUUUCUACAGGGAGAGGGAAUGAUUGUAAGUGACUAAUUGACGCCAUAUUUUAACAUUUUAGGACAACAUAUUAAAACAGAUUUCCUUCUUUUUUCUUUCACAUCAUUGUUACUUCUUCAAGAAUUCUUUCUUUUCAGAUUGCUUUUCUAUUCAGAUAUUUGUAUAUUGAGCUAUGUAUAGGCCACCCAAACUUCUAACCUAUUACAUAUCUGCUUUAAAAUUACAUUUAUAACAGAAAUAAGCAGAAUCCGUGAUCCAGCUGAUUUACUGUUGUGUUUCUCUCUACAUGUUCCUCUUACAGCUGUUUUUCAGGAACAAGAAAAAACAUGUUAAACAUGUACUGACAUGUGCAGACCCUUAAUCAUGUGUCUGUACUGAUUUCCCAUAUUUUUUUUCACAUGUUAAAACAGUGUACAGUGUUCUUUACUGCAUUCUGAAGUGUUGUGCAACUUAGAACCCUUUUCUUUAUGGCCACCAGAGGUCGGUAAAGAUCUGCGUGUGAUGUGAACUAGAACCUUUUAUUUAUAUAUAUAUAUAUAUAUAUAUAUAUAUAUAUAUAUAUAUAUAUAUAUAUAUAUAUAUAUAUUUUUUUUUUUUUGUGUACAAUUCAAUACAACAGCAUUAAAUAAACAUAAUAAUAGGUUAAAUACACAGAAUAUACAAAAAAAAAAAAGAAAAAACAUCACAAACACAGAAACAAACAAAAAUAAAAUUAAAUUAAAAACCGUUUACAACUAUUUAAUAUUCAGCUGGCCAGAGAUUUAUACGUAUAAGGUCUUGUGUUAUCUUAAUCUGCUAUGGGGCAACUAGAUAAAAUUCAGGUUAAUUUUAUUUGGAGAAACAAAUCUCACAGUUAAGUUAAGU